AUGAACUCGUCUCUCCUGCUUGCAUCUGGUGUCCUAUUGUUAUAUUGCUUGUUUUACCUCUCGCGUAAACGUCGAUGUGUACCUCUCCCUCCCGGCCCCAAAGGACUCCCACUCAUAGGAAACCUCUGGAAUAUAUCUACAGAGUACCCGUGGAUCACUUAUGCUCGAUGGGCUACCAUCUACGGCGACGUCUUGUAUCUAGAUACUCCCGGAAAUCCGACGGUUGUAUUGAACUCCGCCCAAGCAGCAGCAGAUCUAUUCGAAAGGCGUUCCAGAAACUAUUCCGAUAGACCAGAACUGGAUACAUCGGCGGAUGUUUCACCAAUAUUUUCAACCCCGUGCAGUUCCGGCUUACUAUUCCGUGGAAAUGAGAGCAACAUCUGUCUACAACAGUUGCAUAAAUCUCCCGAUGCACUUGUUCGCCAUGUUCGCCACCAUUCUGGCUCAAUCAUCAUGAAAACUGUCUAUGGAUAUGUUGGAAAUCCAAAUGGUAAUCGAUUUGUGGAGUUAGUGGAUCGGAGCCUGGAAAGUAUUCGCAUCAUUGGGAACGUGGGGAGCUUUCUCGUUGACUACAUUCCUGAUUUCCCACCUUAUGAAGGAUGGAUUCUUGGUGCAAAGUUCGUGAGCCUCGCAGACGUGUGGAGAAAGGAUGUCGAGGAUAUGAAAGAAGGUCCUUUUAAAUAUGCUUUAGAAUCACUGGUUAAUGGUCUCGCACCGUCUUCAUUUGUCUCUGUAAAUCUGAAAAAGAUGAAAGAGACCGGCACGUCCGAGAAUGUGACACAGCUUGAAAUUAUCCGGAAUACAGCUGGGGUAGCCUUCGCCGGCGUUGACACCGCAUGUUUUCACCUUUGUGCCUCAUUUACUGAAGUCUCUCUUAUUGCUGAAAAGACCGUUUCCGUCGUCCUCUCCGCAAUACUCGCAUUUGUGCUUUACCCCGAGCUGCCCGACGUUGAUGCCAUCCUGUUGGAAGCGCUGCGAUGGAAUCCUGUUCUUCCAAGGGGCAUUGCCCAUCGCAGCAUUAAAGGGGAUGUUUACAGAGGUCAUUAUAUUCUUGCGGGUGCGACCGUUAUCGGUAAUGUUUGGACCAUACCUCAUGACGAAAGGGACUAUCCUAACCCAUUGGUCUUCAAUCCCGACCGGUUCAUGUCCGAGGACUGGAAAGAACCUCAGCCUGAACCAAUAGCCGCGUUUGGAUUCGGAAGACGAUGCGUUUGA